CUUCCUCAGCUCAAGAUUGUGGGUACGAAGGAUGACAGUGCUGCUGCUCUGCUGCUUCUCUACAGCCUGACAGAAAUGCUGGAUGUAGGAACUUCAAAAUAACUGUUGGUUUGCUGACACAAACACUGCAGGCGAGCCGAGAGGCAAGAUUCAACGUGUUUAGAAGUGUAAAAAAAAAAAAAGAAGAAGAAUCAGAUUAGCAGAGGAAGGAGGAAGUGAAGAGAAGAAGAGGGGCUGACUGGAAAGAAUGUACUCUUAGAGUUCACUGCGUGUUUUGUGAUUGUUUUUGUGUGUGUGUGUGUGAAUGAGAAAAUGUGUGCGAGUGUGUCUGCGUGUGUGUAACCUUUUGGUCCGAUUUUGAAGAAAUGUCUCUGAGACUACCUCGCAACUGGGACUUCAGCACCUUCAGAGCUGAAACCGCCAAGAUAGCUCGCUCCAAGAGUGUUAUGCCAGGGGAAGGGAGUCCUGGAUCCACUCACACUGGUUUUAAAAGAUCCAUGGAGAAACCACUGAAAACAGGCUGGCUGAAGAAGCAGAGAUCCAUUGUAAAGAACUGGCAGAUGCGCUUCUUUGUGCUGAGAGGAAACGUCCUUACAUACCAUAAAGAUGACAGAGAAAGUGCUGUCCAGGGAACAAUACCUUUGUUUUCAUGCCAAGUUAAUGAGCUGCCAUCAAAUACAGAUGAUAAAUUCCUGUUUGAGAUCAUCCCAGGUAGCAUUACAGAUCGGGAACGGGAUGCCUAUGUUCUCAUGGCGUCCAGUCAGAGCGAGAUGGAAGAAUGGGUGCGCUCCAUUCGCAAAGCCAUCGGAUCACGCUCCAAUGGAGUAUUUGGGAAGAGCCUUCCAGACAUCAUGGUGUAUGAGAAGAAAUUCGGGUCUCGUCUGGUGCCCAUCCUGGUGGAAAAGUGUGCUGAAUUUAUCAGAGAGCACGGCCUGCUUGAGGAGGGCAUCUUUCGCCUGCCAGGACAGGACAACCAGGUCAAACAGUUCAGAGAGGCCUUUGAUGCCGGAGAAAGACCCUCAUUCCCCAGUGACACUGAUGUCCACACGGUGGCGUCCUUACUUAAGUUGUACCUCAGAGAGCUUCCUGAACCUGUUGUGCCCUGGACUCAGUAUCAGGACUUCCUUGACAGCACUCUCAUGCUGGAUGCCGCCACUGCAGCUGGCAAAGAAAAGCUGGAGCAACAAAUCAGCAUUCUGCCAAAAGUGAACUACAACCUCCUGAGUUACGUCUGCAGAUUCCUUUUUGAGGUCCAACAAAACUCAAAGGUGAAUAAGAUGAGUGUUGAGAAUCUGGCCACGGUGAUGGGAGUGAACCUGUUCAAACCGCAAGUGGAGGACGCCAUCAGUAUGAUGAAGGGAACACCCAUGAUACAGAAGGUAAUGACGGUAAUGAUCAGACACCAUGAGCUGCUUUUCCCACCCUCUAAAGACAUGCUGCCAUCUCCUCUUCCAAGCAAGAAAAACAAAAGCAAGAAGAACAGUAACCCUCGCAGCUUUGUGGGCUGGGAGUCUGCAGAGUGUGAGGUAUCCUCCCUGUCUGAAUCUCCUGAAGAAGAAGAAAUGGACACACCUGAGGAAGAGAGGAAGGACCUGUGGUCAUCUGAGACGGGAUCAGAAGGCACACCUCUUUCUCCUUCCUCUCCGUUUUUGUCCACGACGGAAGCGUGGCCCGAAAGCCCCAGAAAAAGGACGCAAACUCUACCCAGCUUGAGCUGCCCGCCAGUGGGAAAAACAGGCCGUGAGCCUUCUUGGGAACGCUGGAGCAGGUUCCCCGAGAGCUUUAACGAGAACGAAGAGAAAACAUUGUCAGAGGACAUCUUUAAGUUACUCGACUUUCAGAAAGUGACACUAUUUUCUGGAGUGCAGAAAAAUGAAAAGGAAGGACAAGUGGAGGGACAAAAGGACACAGAAAACAAAGGCUUGCAUAAGACAGCUAGCGAUGUUGUAGACAAACCGGUAGAUGCUACAAAAACACAGGCACAGAGCACUAUGCCCUUGCCCAAACCUCGGCAGAGCCUUGAGGUGAAUCCGGCAGCUGUGAGCAGAGAGAAGUCAGCGGCCCCUACAGCACCUGCUGUACAGAAAAACAAUGCACCUCAAUCAGAAAACACAGACUCAACGAACAUCAUCAACAGUCUCCAGCAGAAGAACAAAGAGCUCAGUGCUACAGUGGCAGAGUUGCAGGCAGCACUAGAGGCAGAGCGACGCUGCAAAGCAGCAUUAGAGAUCUUACUACGCAAUGCAGAGCGCAGCAGAGAUGAAGCACUUGUGCGCAAUGAGCAGCUGAACAGAGAGAUUCAAGAGUUCCUCAACAGACCAACUGCUGGACCGUCAUAGUGACACCAUCAAGCGAACAAAGUUCAAACUAAAUCCUGUCUAGCUCCUCAAAGGAGAACAAAACAAGCAAAUUGGGUUUUACACCUUGAACUGCUCCGAAAAAAUGUCUUCAAAGUAAGACUAGUGGUAGUGUCCAUCUCACAGGUUUUGUCUAUGAUGUGACAUAAAUAAAACCCCUACAGUAUAUGACACCUUAUGUAUAGAAAUUACAGAUUUGAUCUACUUAUUCAGUUUCACAAAUGGAAUGUAAUUUGUAACAAGACAAGAUGUGAAUUUUGAAGUGAUGCAGUAUUGGACUAAACAGAUAAGAGAUUUAUAAAGAAUAUUUAAUUAUUAUUUUUUUAAGUUUAAAUGUUAUAGUAUUUUCUAAUGGAUCUCAAAAAAAUAACUCCCCAAAACAAAAACUCAGGGUUUUUGGGCACUUGACAGCUAUAGUCCGGCUGAGACCACCUUGAUUUAACUAAGGCCGGCUUGGUUUAAGCUAUUUUUUUAAAAACAAGAAGUCUUGCCCACCUUUAAUUAUAAGGCAGAGGUUUAAAACUGUUAUGUGAUCACAAAACUCUGUUAGAGUGUGCGAACAAUAUGGUGAAAAGGGCAAAAAACACAAAAUGUGGAUUACUGUCAGUAAAUAAACAGUUUUUAUCUGGC